AUGCCCGGCUUUGCUGCUCUUCGUUCUCUUUCGAUUUUUGCGUUCGUGGUGGCAAUCGCAAGGAUCGAGGCGGUCGAUGCACUUGCCUGUCAAUCUGCCUCCACGGAUGCUGCAACAUUCGUGCAGACAGCCCUCGACUAUAUUGUGGUCGGUGGCGGGAACGGGGGAAUGGCUCUGGCUGCGAGGCUGUCAGAGACCUCGGGCGUACAAGUUGGCGUUAUCGAGGCGGGUGCCCUCAACCUCGAGCACCCCUUGAUCGAUAUUCCAGGGAGGGAUGGUGCUGCUUUAGGGAAUGCCUCUUACGACUGGGGCUUCCAAACCGUGCCCCAACCGGCAGCAAACAACCGAUCACUGUCCACGCCUAGAGGCAAGAUGAUCGGCGGAACAACUGGCCUGAACUUCAUGAUCUGGUGUCCAGCCUCUAAACCGGAAUAUGAUGCAUGGGAUUCGUUUCAACCUGGGUGGAAUUGGAACAACCUCGUUCCAUACAUGAAGAAGUCGUUCAACGUGUUUCCUAAUCAGACGAACCCCAUUCCUGGCCUUUCCGCCGCAUCGGCGUCUUUGAGCCCAUACAACACUACCUAUGAAGGAGUCGGAGGUCCCGUUCAGGCUUCUUUCAAUGUAUACUAUGCAGAUCCCGCUCAGCCAUAUAUCAAGACUGUCAACAGCCUGGGUAUCAAGUCCAAUUCCGACCCAGACAAUGGCGAUACCGAGGGCGUUCACAACUCACGGCUCAGUAUCAACCGAUACACGGGUACCCGAUCAUACUCAGCAUCUGCCUACUACUGCCCAGCAUCCUCCCGGAGCAAUCUGCAUGUGCUCACGGGUGCGCAGGCGACGCGCAUCAUUCUAUCCAAGAAAGGCGCAAACGUUACGGCUACAGGCGUUGAAUUUAUCUCCGGUUCAGCUACUCACACUGUGAAUGUAGCCAAGGAAGUCAUCUUAGCGGCGGGUACAUACCAAACGCCCCAACUAUUGGAAUUAUCUGGUAUUGGAAAUGCGACUCUCCUGAAAUCGUUGAACAUCUCGACCGUCGUUGACCUUCCCGGGGUUGGCGAGAACCUACAAGAUCACUUGUACACUCCCGUCCAAUUCCAAGUGAAGCCGGGCAUCCAAACUCUCGAUGUGCUUCGAAUCAACUCUACUUUUGCCGCGGAGGCCGCCGCUGAAUACGCUGCCAACAAGACAGGCAUCCUCACAGCCAGCGACUCGAUUAUCACGUUCUUUACUUUCGACGCGCUUCGGCAGAACAAUAAUGAUGCUCUCCUGCGGGCAUUUGAUGCCUCCACUGCAGGCGCGAAGACACAGUUGCAAGGCCUGCAAUAUGGAAUUCAGCGCCAGUGGAUCGAACACGCCAACGUUCCUCAGCUCGAGUUCCUUUUGUUCAACAAGGGCCGCGUUUCGCCUGCUGCCAACGCGAGUUACGUCUCUAUCUUUGUUGGGAUCAUGCACCCUCUGAGUCGAGGCACUGUGCAUAUCAACACGACUAACCCUCUCGCUAUUCCCGUCAACUCUCCGAAUUACCUUAGCAAAGACUACGAUAUCGCGGCGAUGCUUGCCGGUGUUAGAUACGCACGCUCGUUGGCUACUAUCCCGCCCUUCUCUGAUCUCUUCGUUGAUGAUGGGAUCACACCAUCUGGAACGAGCGACGAAGACUUGACUAGACAGGCCGUGGGGAGCGGUUGGCAUCCUGCAGGUACAGCAGCUAUGGCCGCCCGUGAGCUUGGAGGCGUCGUGGACUCGAAUCUCAAGGUGUACGGCACUACUAAUGUGAGAGUCGUCGACGCGAGCAUCGCCCCUCUCCACCUUGGAGCCCAUCUCCAGUCCACGAUCUAUGCAAUUGCGGAAAAGGCCGCCGACAUCAUCAAGAGCCAGUCUUGA